GUAUUCCUCGCCGAUCUUCCUCAGCGUUCUGAUCGCGGAAAGGAACUGACUGGCAGAGCUCUGUGAGACCGACGUGCGCGACACGCCGACUACACGUAAUUUCGCCGCUGCUCCUGUCGACGUCGACGUUAUCAGAGUGACCACCACGACCGGCCGCGCGUUAUUGCGCCCUCACGCCGCGACCCUUGUGCGUUCUCCCGUACCAUCCUCUUCUAAACGCUUGUGUCUGUCUCUCUCACGCACGUUACAACUUUUUCAUCCUCUGGAUUAUCUCAAACCAUCACUUUGGAGUCCAGGACGUGCCACACACCCACAACGCUGGAACAUUUAAAGCCGGUUGUGGCUUCGAUCACGACUCUCAUCGGGAACUGUGAUAGUAUGGAGGCCACUUACUGCGUCGGAAGUGACGUCGAUGUUUGCCGGAUGUUUGACCAGUACUUAUACAAGGUAACCCAGGGACAAGUUUCACUCACAGAAUAAAUAAGUUGGGGUAAGCCGAGUUCAGAAAACGUUUUCUGAAGACGUAGUCCAUAGUUGUUCGGUUUUAAUUUUUGCACCAGAGAACGGAAAGCGUUGAUCUCUCUCUGAGUAUACCACAAUCGAAUUUUCAAGCUAACGGAUACGACAUGGGAGAUCAGACUUUUCACACGCCUAGUUUCGGCGAUGAAGAAUUUGAUAUACCCAACAUUAAUCCUCAACAGCAGCAACAUGCCCAACAAGCUCACAAUGAUCAACAUUAUCAACCACCUAUGCAGGGUAUGCAACAAAUGAAUCAGCAAAUCAAUCAGCAGCAAGAGGCGAUUGGAAUGCACGACCCCACAGGAGGGUACCAGCAGCCGUUGUAUUUGUCUGGCCCAGAUCACGGACUAGUGGGUCAACAAUAUCACAGUCCCCAACCGAAUUACGCCAUGUCGCCGAGUCAACAAAAGUUUUUUCGCUUGAAACAGCAACAGCAUAACAAUCAACUUCUAAUGAUCCACCAACAGCAGCAACAACAGCACCAGCAAAUGAUGAUGAGCCAUGGACAGCCUCCUCCCGGUUCGAUGGGGCAGUAUGGGGCGUCACCGCAGCAUCCCCAGGGUAGGGGGAAUAGUCCCCCAGCGCCUCCUGGUCAGGAGCACACUACUAGUGAUGAUAGCGAUGAUAGUACGCCCCAUCCAGCAAUGAUAACAGCUAUGAAAAGGCCCAGUCCUGAACCAGCCGAUCAAGGAUUAGCGAAAGCACAGAAAAAGCCCAAAGUGCAGAAAAAGAAGAAGAAGCGAGAUCCUAACGAGCCACAAAAACCAGUUUCGGCAUACGCCCUAUUCUUUCGGGAUACCCAGGCAGCUAUUAAGGGUCAAAAUCCUAACGCCAGUUUCGGAGAAGUGUCGAAGAUCGUGGCUUCCAUGUGGGAUGCGCUAGAUUCCGAGCACAAGAACGUCUACAAGAAGAAAACUGAGGCCGCUAAAAAGGAGUAUCUGAAAGCUUUGGCAGCUUACCGAGCAAGUUUGGUGUCUAAGGGUGCAGGAGAACCUGAAGGAGGUCCCAUGUACGGAAACUACGGAAAUUACAAUCCCGGGCCACCCGGCGGAUCGCCCUAUGGAGGAUAUCAACCUCAGGGAACUAUCCCAUCACCACCUAUUACAUCCGGAGCCCCCACACCACCAUCCCAGUCUCCCAUAAACAAGAAACCACCAUCAAUGAUGGGAGGCAUGGGCGGUGGUUCGCCUGCCCAGCAGCAUCCUGGCAUGAUGCCAUCUCCUAUGGGCGGACACAUCUCGAUUCAGCAGCACAUGCAGCAACAACAGCAACAGCAUAGUAGUUAUCUACAACAGGUUCCACAACAGCAGCAUAUACCGGUCUCCCCGCAUCCUCAGCAGGUACCAAUGUCACCACAUAAUCCGCAUAUGACACAACAAUCGCAACAGAACCAACCGCAACAACACAUGAGCCCCCCUCCUAUGGUACCGAGUUCUCCCCCCGUCUCACAAGCUGGCCCCCCUUCCGGUCAGCAGUCCCAGCCUCAACAACAAACCAUGACUUCCGCACCUAUGAGAUCCCAACAGAAUUCAUGCAUACGCCAUGGGUGCCCUAACCCAGCCAUUACCAAUCCCGAAUGGGAAGAUGAAUAUUGCAGCAAUGAAUGUGUUGUCAGCCACUGCCGGGAUGUUUUCUCAAAUUGGGUGGCAGGAAACAAAAGCCAGCAGCAAAAUUUUUCAACGGUAAAAUAAAGGAAAGACUUAAUUAGGGGACAGAUGCAAACGCGAUUGGUUAAAAAUUAUGAUAGCAAUACACACAUACCCGAUUUAAAAAACAGAAUUCUAAUUAGAGCUAGCGAGUUUGUAUGAAAAUUUUAUUAAGAGAACAAUGUGUCGAUAAUGUUAAAACAUGGAUAAGUGAGAGGCUAGGCUAAGUAAAUUGUAAAUAAAUUGAUAAUCACAUUAUAGCUGGACGAGUGAGAUUGUAUUGGCAAGCAAUAGGAGCAAUAUGAUAUCGUCACCUGUAGGUUACUCAAAGAGGAAAGAUGCUAUUGUAAUCAUAGUAUUAUAUAUUACAUAUAACUUUACCUGUACUAUAUAAGUAAUUAUUGCCGUUGCAAGUCAGACCAAAAUUCCAGCGACUAGACUAAUCAAGUUUGGUCCGCCUUGUGAAAUCAAAAUAAAAAUCACUUGUUACGUGCUAUGUAAACUGCAUGCUAUUCUCUUGGAAACUGUAGUUAGACGUGUCCAAAAGUACAUAUAAUUCAUAACACUACUUAGUUGCGUAGUUAGGUCUUUUAUCGUAAAUUCCCGUAAUUAUGACCUGUUUGGGCGAGCGACGCGAGUUACUGUUCGGAUUGCGGUUAAGUUGGGAUUUUGGUGUACCGUUACGAAUUUAUGUGACAACAAAACCUCCAAGUGCAAUUUUAUGUUCUUUGAUUAAAUUGUAACUUAUAUCAUUUCGUUAAUUUCACAUCAGAAACUAAUUUGAAGCAUGUAAAUCAAAAAAUAUAUACCAGUAUUGCACAGAAAAUGAGAUUGUUUUGUUAUUUUUUUGACAGUCUUUUAAAGAUCUUCCAGGAUAAAUAAUGAAAGUUAAGAUAUUGCACAUAUUUAUUAUAUUGAACAAUAUGAUAAUAAUUUAUUAUAACUUAACAUAUUAUUGUAAUGGAAACAACAAAAAAUGAUAAAAAUAAAUCAAACAAUUUGCAAAACAAUCUCAUUUAAAGUAGACUUCAUAAUCCAAUUUUGUCCGACAAAAAUAAUACAUUUGGAAAAAUCAAGAAGGGUUUUAGAAAUGUUAAUAUCUAAAUAUUGAUAAGAACACUAAUAUCCGUGAAUUGUAUAAAGUAUAAAUAAUCGCUGUAAAUAAAGGUAGUUGUAUUUUAAUUUUGUAAGCAUAUGAAGCUGGACGCCAGCGAAUAUAAGAUCUUUUGCAAAAUAUCUUUGUUUUAUUUAAAAAAUAACUUUUUGCGAGAGAUAAGUCGGGCAAAAUAUACGAAAAACGUUUAAAUAUUUGAAUUGUGAAUUGUGCAAAAGAUCGAAUGAAAUAUUUUUAAAUGUCUGUUUCCGUUUUGUUGUACAUAGAUUCCAAAAACUUAGCGAGUAGUACAAUUAUUUUUAUAUCAUUGACCAAUCAAAGUUACGCUUUCUUUGUCGAUGUAUAUAAAUUUUGUCGUUGUUAAUUUUAUUGUUAUCGAUGUGACGCGGAAGUUCUUACGCGAUCAUCCUGCUCUAGUAUUAAAUCCGCAGGGAAGGAUGUACCUAUAUUAUUUUUUAUAUAAUUUGUUUGAUAAUUAUAAUCACAGUAUACAGAUUAGUCUCGUGACAGAUUAACCUCGGAACAGUAUUUCAGAUGAAAAUUGAUCAAAUUAUUCAGUGAUGGAGCAGGGAUAAUUUUUUUUUCUGUUUUUAUAUUAAUUUUUUUUAGUACGUCCCUGACUUCUUUCUGAAAUUACUGCUGAGUAGUGCUGGGCGAUGUCUACUGUAAUAAUGUGAUAAGUAUACUGUGUUAAAACCUAAUUUGAUAGCAGCUUAAAUAAAGACUGUAUGAUAAUUUAAGAAUACUUAUCAAAUUUUCAGUAUUAAACUUGAUGGUGUGAUUGAGCCUCUCAAGUAAUUGAAACUUUUUUAACUGAUAUAAAAAUAGUGAUUCAGCUAAGUAAUGACGGCAAUAAAACGGAAUCUCUUCCAUUAUCUUUUUUGAAGAGGAUCGAUAUAGCAGUUUCACGCUAUCAAAUAAGGUUUUAUAUUACUCCUUUCUCUUACAGAAGUUGUCGCAAAUCCAGUCAUUUAAUUUGUCUAGAUUUUACAUGAAUUAAGUGAAGAAAAGUUUGUUCGAAUCAAAAACCAAUCUUAAGUGGCUCUAUAAUUUAAAAAGUAUCCUUAGGAUAGUAGGAUUUAUUGACAUCCUUUUAUAUUUUUUGUUGAUUACCACCUAGACUGGUUUAACAAGUCUCCGAAAAGACUCCUAUUGUGAAUUUUUUAUAUUUUUUAGUAUUUUGUUUUAUUUUAAGAUGUUUAUAAUUUAGUUAGGUAUUUGUUGUAUCUUAGUUUAAUUGGUGCAAACUUCAAGGGGUUAGCCGAAUUAAAAUAGAAACGAAGACACUGAUAACAGAUAUAAUAAUAAAGAAUAAGCGAUCAGUUUCCGACGUUUAUAAUACUUUUAUUUUAAUGCGGUUAAUGCCAAAGACUUUGUAAAUGUUGAAAAGAGAUCACUGAAAUGAACCGAAAAAGUAUCCAGUAGUUGUAUAAUAUUAAAGCCGAUAUGCGCUUUAAAAAUUAUUUAAGUACCUAUAAUUUACGUUUCACUAUUACAUUGUAAAUAACAUAAUAUUUUAUCUUGACAGGCACACACUAUACUAUGUAAUCAAUAAUUAAUAUUUAAAAUAAAUAGAUUCUACUCCA